AUGAGGCUAUCACGACUGCUUUUGUGGACGGCCGCCGGGGCUGGCGUGUGUGACGCGGUGACAGUCGAGGAACUAGCCCACAAUGUCUCUCGCAUCGAGUCCCUCCGCGAGAUCAAGGAUGUAACUUCAACGUUUGCGCAGCUAGCCCAGUUCGGCCGCUACGCUGACAUGGCGGCGCUGUUCGCUCCUGAGGGUACUCUACUCUGGGGCAACACCUCCAUCCAGGGUCCCGAGGCGAUCAAGACAUGGCUUGAGGCGGACGCGGGGGACAUGAACGGCCGCCUGCCUGGAUCACUCGACACGAUGGUUCUCGCCACACCGCUGGUGAACCUAGCUGUGGAUGGCAAGACGGCGGAAGGGAGGUGGAACGGGUGGAGGUUUCAGGGGGACGGGAAGGGGGCCACGAGGAUGAGGGGGGGGAUAUGGGAGAAUGAGUACUCUGUCACGCAGGAGGGCAGGUGGGAGAUAGGGGUGAUGAGGUAUCAUGAGCUUUACGAGGGGGGUUAUGAGGGUGGGUGGAGGAAUGUUGGGGGGAGGGAUUUCGGGUUGGUGCCUGAGUUUCAUUAUAGUGCCGAGGAGGCGGGGGUGCCGAUUCCGAGGGGGGUUGCGGGUGUGGUUGGGGAGGGACCGGAGGGUGUCGGGUUGGGGAGGAGAAUAGAGGAUUUGAACGAUGAGGAUGAGGUGAGGAACUUGCAGCAUGCUUGGGGGUAUUAUGUCGAUCGGAGGCUGUGGGGGGAGGUGGGGGAGCUGUUUGGGAGUCAUAGUUGGGGGGUGUUGAGGGUGGAUAAUGUGGGAGUUUUUGAGGGGCCCGGGGGGAUAAAGGAGGGGUUGGAGAGGUGGAUGGGGGGUGAGGGGUUGAAGCAGGGGGUUCUGAACGAGCAUCUCAUUUUUGAUACGGUGGUCAAGAUCCGGCAGGAGGUUGACGAAAACGUGCCGGAUGCGGAGAGGAUGGCGGAUGCGAGAGGGAUCGAGAUUGGGUUGGUUGGGGACCAGGAGAAGGGCACGGCAUCGUGGCGGUUUAGCUUCUUCCAAAGCUCAUUUGUCAGGCGGAAUGGGAUCUGGCAGUUUCUCAAUGUCACGAUCGCACCGUUGGUUGUGGCGAAUUACUCUGAUGGUUGGGGGCACGGGGGAGUUAUGCCAGCGAGUACUGUUGAUCCAGUGUUGCUGGAUUACACCACGAGGGGUACCAACAAGCCUAUCGCUCAGACAGCGACGGCAGACUCCCUCGAAGAGCUAUCCCGUCGCCUUUCAAGGUCAUAUGGCUACGAAGGCACAGAAUCCAUCUCCAACGCCUAUGGCUUCUAUAUCGACUUUAUCGACGGUGCCGCCUGCUCGCUCAUGGCCGCCAUCCACCACCCAUAUGCCAACAAAGAGUCACCGUUUGCCGGAUUCUACCACACCCGUCAGAGAGUCCUGGAGGCAUGCACACAAGCAUACGGCACGUCCGCUCGUCCCACCCGAUCUGCUAUAUCCUUUCACUGGAGGCCGCAGCCGGUGAUUCACGUUUCCCAAGACGGGCGUUCAGCGAGUUUGAGAGCGAGGCUAUUGCAACCAGCCACCGACAAGACUGCAGGGACGAUCAGAGGGGGCAUGUACCAUGACCAAAUGGUGCUAGAUGAGAAUGGGAGCUGGAAGCUGUGGAGUUUGACGAUUGAUGAGUUUUACUGGACAAUGAAUAGCUGGAAAGAAGGCUGGGGAGGUGUGGAGGUGAGAGACAAGGACGCGCCGGAUCAGCCUCCUCCCAGAGACUUGGUUAGGCAGUACCCGCCGGAUCUCUGGCUGAAUGAGAUGGAAGGGGAAAGAGAAGUUGGGUUUAUGGGAGGGAGGGAAAGGUAUGUUUCUUGGCCAGAAAUUCAGAGAAUGUGGUUUGGGUAUAGAAAUCCAGUCAGUGGAGGGGUGCCGGAGAACGGAUCGUACUGUCCCGGGUGUGUGCCUUGCUAUCAACAUAAACCGGAGUGGGGGAUGACGAAGCAUGGAUGGCAGGAGCCGCCUACUGGACCGACGUUGGUGAGGGCCAUGUUUGCGCCAGGAAAUGGGAGUUCGGAUGAUGGGAUGUUUAUAUCGGUCUCGGUGACACCAGGACCGGGAGAGGUGGUGGAAGGUGUGGUGAGGUUAGUUGGAGAGCAAGUUGAGCUGGAGUAUGUGUUGACGGAAAAGGACGAGGGACGAGUGACGUUUGAGUUGCCCAGAAAUCUAUCUGGGGGCUUUCACUUGUUGGAGGCCACGUUCUCGGGGAGCAACAGGUUGAAGCCGGGAAGAGACCUGAUCGAUCUGACACUCCCAGGAGGACCGGGCUCGCGGUUGGGUGACUGA